GCAGGAAGAAGGGAGGGGAAGGUUACCUACCAAAUCUCCACACAAGCUUUCUCUAUCUUUCUCUCACACACACACACCCCAACUUGGUCAAAGUCCCCUCCUUUUAUACUCCUCACAGAUCCUCCUCCCUUGCCUUCCUCUUCUCCUUGUAUUCUCAUCUCUUCUUUCCCUCUCCCUCUGUCUCUCAUAUGCAUAUAGACAUCCAUACAUAGACAGGCAUCAUCAUGGGAAGGUCGCCUUGCUGCGAGAAGGCCCACACGAACAAAGGAGCAUGGACCAAAGAAGAAGACCUACGUCUAACCGAUUACAUCCGUAAACACGGCGAAGGCUGUUGGCGUUCUCUUCCCAAAGCUGCCGGAUUGUUGCGUUGCGGCAAGAGUUGCAGGUUGAGAUGGAUAAAUUACCUUCGACCCGAUCUCAAAAGAGGAAAUUUCACCGACGAAGAAGAUGAGCUCAUCAUCAAGCUCCACAGCUUGCUGGGAAACAAAUGGUCUGUGAUCGCCGGAAGAUUACCUGGAAGAACAGACAACGAGAUCAAGAAUUACUGGAAUACUCACAUUAAGCGGAAGCUUCUCAGCCGUGGGAUCGACCCUCAGACCCACCGUCCGAUCAACGAACCUGCCGCCGUCACAGAUUCCAACACGGCGUCGUCUCAGAGAACUCCGGCGGCUCCUCCCCAAAACGCCGCCGUUCCGUCCACCUUCCCAAAUGUGAACGGCUUCACCUCCGACGCCAUUUCACCCAAAUCGGAAUCUUCCUCAGACCACGGAGCCACCACAAGCGGGACGACCACCGACGAAGAUCUCCGGCAAAACGGCGAGUGUUAUUACAGUGACAAUAUUAACUCCGGACGCGAGGAGCUGAAUCUGGAGCUCACACUUGGGACCGGGUCGACCCGGUGGGUGGAGUCGGGUCGGAUCACGGGUGUGGGCUCGUCGGCGGAGUCGAAGCCUUGGUGGGUCCACUGACCUGACCGCCGCGAUGGCGGCGCGUGGAGUUUGUUUGUGGCUGUAACACGUGACCCUUGACGGGAUUUGCCAAACGGCAAAAUGGGUUCUUCAGAAUCUGUAGAAAAUUUGUCUCUAUCACAAGUUUUCAGCAAAUCGAUUGCAGAUGUUAUGUAAACAUGCAAAUCGGUCAAUUUUUAAAUCAAUUUUUUUUGUUAUUUUCGCUCCAUCAGUGUUAAUAAUGACAUUCUCUCUUAAUGCAUAUUAUUCAUAA